UUGAGAAAGUACGAAUUUAAUCUUGAAAAUAAGGACUACAAAAUUUUCAUCGAAAGAAAUUUAAUAGAGUAUUUAAUGAAAUGGAAUAUGGAUAAAAGUCUCAGAAUUUUUACGUACAGUUUUCAAGAUACAUAUUAUGAAGCAAAUAAGGACCAAUUCUUCAAAGAUUUGUUCCACACCGAUGUUGUUUUGAAAAAUUUAGAAUGUCAGUUAUGGAAUAAUUCAAAAGAUAAAAAGACAUGGAUUGAAAUAGAGGAUAUCCCUUGCACUAUUCUGAGCACAGAAUUCUUCGACAGAAUUUACAAGAACGAAAUCGUUCUUCAUGAUGGAACAAUUAGAAAAUGUUUUGAAGAAUACAUGGAUGAUAUUGUCAUAGCUGACGAACUCCGGAACAUACUUUUGGUAGAGGAGUCAUAUAACUAUCCAUUAUACACAGACAAAGAAAGAGCAGAGUUUCUCUUCCUAAUCUUCCAGCACUUCUGUCUUGGCGGCUCCCUAAAUCAGUAUGAAGACAACAUAAAUCCAUAUAUUUUAAUGGCCAAAACACUUUACAAAGACCUCCUGUGUGUCAGAAAAACUGGAUCACCAAAGAAAACAACUAUUAUGUCACAAGUAUUCAAAGUGGAAAUAUUUAAUGACGGCAUGUCUAUUUAUCCAAGCCAAAAACACCACAAACAAAAUUUUUCAUAUGUGAUACUCAAUUCUAUUUUAAAAGAAGUAACAAUCCUGCAACACACAUGGUAAUUUUAAAAAUGCUUAAAUAGUUAGUAGCGCUUAGUAUGUCUGUAAACAAACUGGAAACGAAAAGACAGAAUUAUGCAGAGUUUUUAAGUUACAUUGUUAUGAAUUCACUAGACAUAUUUUAGGAGAAGGUGACUAAACUCUGCAUGCAUUUUUAUUCAUUCAAAGGAAAUAUCGCUUUUAAAAAAUAACGAAUCUUUAUUUCUCAUUUCCUUACGGCGAUUAUGUAACUGACAAGAGCAUUUGAAUCGAUUAAAACGGAUAAUAAAGGAUAUCUGUAUUUCAUUUACAGCUAUUUUGCAAUCAAUUGAAAUACAAGAAUUUUAUUUAAAAAUCAAUCAUAUGGAAAUGUAAUUAUUAAAAUCUAAGGUAUAUAAUGUCUGCAGUACCUUACCUGCAAUAGGUAUGGAGGGGGAUCUCAUAUAUAGCUUAAUAUUUUUUACUACAUCUCAGAUUUUAUA